CAAUAUUCAAGUUUAUAAUUUUUCAGCCACUCAGAUUCUGUUGCAAAUUCUUUAGAGAAUCUUUGUGUUUACUAUUCCAAGUUCCAACCAAAUGGGAACAUAACACAUUAGUCUUUGCCUUAUACAUCAUGAGUAAAUUUCCUUUGUUCAAUCUUAUGAUGUUUGUUCCACAGUUGACUCCAUAUCUCAUGCAUGACUUGUAAAUAAUAUAUAAAGAGAUAUUAGUUUUCCUUUUCUUCAACUUGAAUGCUUUAAUCUCUAACUCUAUUAUUCAUUUUGUAAUGAAUUUCAUUCCUAGUAUUCUAUUUAUUCUCUCUCUUAUAGUUUCCAAUUCCAUAGCAUCAUCCAUUAUUACUCAAUCUCAAUCCUUCAGUGAUGGAGAGAUCAUUGUUUCAUCAAAAGGAUUGUUUGAGUUUGGUUUCUUCAGUAUUAAAGAUCCUAAUAAACGCUACGUCUGUAUUCGAUUCAAGAAUAUUUCAACUCAAAAUGUUGUUUGGGUUGCAAAUGAUGGCAAGCCAAUCAAUGACUAUUCUGCAGUUUUGAAACUAAAUAGUUCUGGCAGUUUGGUCCUUACACACAACAACAAUGUUGUUUGGUUCACAAAUUCUUCCACAAAAGCACAGAAACCGGUGGCACAACUCUUGGAUAAUGGUAAUCUAGUCAUAAAAGAAGAUAGUGUUAGUAAAACCUAUCUGUGGCAAAGCUUUGACUACCCAUCUAAUACAUUGUUGGCAGAUAUGAAGUUGGGAUGGGACCUUAAAAGAAAUUUGAGUAAGUGUCUUAAAGCAUGGAAGAGUGAUGAUGAUCCAACACCAGGAAACUUUACUUGGUGUGUGGUAUUGAAUCCGUAUCCUGAUAUCUAUAUGAUGAAGGGAGAAAAAAAGUACCACAGACUUGGACCAUGGAACGGCUUGCGUUUUAGCGGUAUGCCAGAGAUGAAGCCUAAUCCUGUUUUCAGCUACAAGUUUGUCUACAACAAAGAAGAGGUUUAUUACUCAUGGAGCUUCAAUGAUAGUUCUCUAAUAUCAACAGUGGUACUUAACCAAACAAGUUACCAACGUCCACGCUAUGUAUGGUCAAAAGCCGAGGAAUCAUGGAUGCUUUAUUCAAGAAUGCCAGGAGAUUAUUGUGACCUUUAUAGUCUAUGUGGAGUCAAUGGAUAUUGCAGCAGUACUAAUUCACCAAUAUGUGAAUGUUUAAAUGGGUUCAAGCCUAAUUUUCCUGAAAAAUGGAACUCAAUGGACUGGUCUGAUGGAUGUGUCAGAAAUCACCAAUUGAACUGCAUCAAUGAAGGGUUUGUCUCAGUACCAAACUUGAAAAUUCCAGAUACUAAAAAUACUUCGGUGGAUCAUGACGAGAGUAUUGGUCUAGAGCAAUGUAGAGCCAAAUGCUUGAAAAUUUGUUCAUGCAUGGCUUAUACAAAUACAAAUAUAAGUGGAGCAGGAAGUGGUUGUGUUAUGUGGUUUGGUGAUUUAAUUGAUAUCAAAUUUAUUCCACUUGGUGGCCAAGUUCUAUAUAUCAGGAUGCCUGCUUCAGAAUUAGACGAUGAGCACAGGAGGAACUUGAGAAAAAAAGUUCUAAUUGUUGUUUUUGCGGCUUUGGGAAUGCUUUUACUUGCGAUAUAUUUUUUCUACAGAUUCCGGAGGAGGAGCGUUGUUGGGACGUCAAAGAGUGAAGGUGACUAUGAAAGACACGAGAACGAUAUGGAUCUCCCCUUACUAAAUUUGUCAACAAUUAUUAUUGCCACCGAUAACUUCUCAGAGAAGAACAAGAUUGGAGAAGGUGGUUUUGGAGCUGUCUAUUUGGGAAAAUUAGGAAGUGGGCUAGAAAUUGCUGUCAAGAGACUUUCACAGAGCUCAAAACAAGGGAUGAGAGAAUUCAUAAAUGAAGUAAAACUUAUUGCAAAUGUUCAGCACCGAAAUCUUGUAAAGCUUAUUGGCUGUUGCAUUCAGAGACAUGAAAAAUUGCUAGUUUAUGAAUACAUGUCUAAUGGCAGCCUAGAUUACUUCAUUUUUGAUCAUACCAGAAGUCAAUUGCUAGAUUGGCCAAAGCGCUUCCACAUAAUUUGUGGAAUCGCCAGAGGGCUUAUGUAUCUUCAUCAAGAUUCUCGAUUGAGGAUUAUUCAUAGAGAUCUCAAAACAAGUAAUGUUUUACUAGAUGAUACUAUGAAUCCCAAAAUAUCAGAUUUUGGAAUGGCUAGAACUUUUGGAGGAAACCAAAUUGAAGGAAACACAAAUAUAAUUGUUGGGACAUAUGGGUACAUGGCACCAGAGUAUGCUAUUGACGGACAAUUUUCCGUGAAAUCUGAUGUUUUCAGCUUUGGUGUUUUGAUAUUAGAGAUUAUAUGUGGGAAGAAAAACCGAGUGCGUUAUCGUGCAAAGCAAACUCUUAACCUUGUUGCUUAUGCAUGGACAUUCUGGAAACAUGAAAGAGCUUUACAAAUAAUUGACUCAAACAUAGAGGAUUCAAGCAUUGUAUCGGAAGUAUCACGUUGCAUACACGUUGCACUUUUAUGUGUGCAACAAUACCCAGAGGAUAGGCCUACCAUGGCUGAUGUGAUUCUAAUGUUAGGGAGUGAGAUGUCAUUGGAGCCAGGUUUUAUUAAGAGGAGGGAAUCUAUUGAAGCAAAUUCAAGCUCAAGUAGGAAGGAUAUAAGUUCAAACUAUGAAUUGACCAUAACCUCUUUAAGUGUUCGAUGAAAAUCAAUAAGAUGAAUGCAAAUAUUGCAGUGAACUAUAAUAAUUCCAUACAGGAGUAGAGUAGUGUUCAAAUACUUGUGUACAUGUAUGUCCAAAGUCUACCAUUUGGAUACUUGGACAUGACAUUAAAGACUGGAAAUUUGCAAGGACUGUAUUUGACCUUUUAAUUUUAUAUUUAUUUUCUUCAAAUAAGUCAUCUAUAUCUAUGAAUAUUGAAUACUUUUUCUUUAUCAAAUGAAAUAAAAAAAAAUGUUUUC